AUGUUGUUAAUUCCCCCAGCCAUGCAAGCGACUCGGACACCCAGUGUGUUUGCCGACUGCAGCAUCCCAGCAGGGCUGCGGAUAGGACCAGUGCCGGGCAUCUUUAAACUUGGAAAGUACGUUUCUGACCGAAAGGACGCUGGAGUCAAAAAGAAGAUUCGUCUGGUAAGAGGUGAGUUCGUGGACGAGUCUGGCAGUGCAGUUCAUGAGUGGGUUGGAUUAAUACGUGCGGCCAGAAACAAUCAAGAACAAAACCUUGAAGCGGUGUCGGAUUUACCUGGAGGACAGAUAUUCUAUCGCGUGUUGAGAGAAAUCCAAACUGGGGAAGAACUGAGCGUUUGGUACUCCACUGCACUCGCCCAAUGGUUUGACAUUCCCACGACUGCCACUCCAACACAUGACGAAAAAGGUGAGGAGCGUUACAUUUGCUGGUAUUGCUGGAGAAUAUUUAAAUACCCGAACACGCUCAAAGCCCACGUGCAUUUCCACUGCGCUUUAAGCAAUGGUAAAAGCUUCAUGAGCAACGAGCAAGCGAGAGGGACGGACAACUUCAGCAGGUCUCCAAAAUCUGGGGAUAUCCCGAACACUUCGUCUUCUCCAAGGAACGGCCACAACACCUUGCUGUCCGAUUCUUCGAAAAGGACAGCAUCCACCUCGCCCGCCACCAAAACGGGACUAUUGAAAAAAACAAGCUCGGAGGAGCAGGACAGAGCCCUUGACAUGAGCGUGACCUCUGGCCGGAACUCCGGACACAUCAUGGCCCUCGGUGGAACGCCAUCUGUAAUUAACAGUAUGGGCUUCCAUCCUGGCGUGCGUUCUGCCUUUAAACCAAUGGGACUUUCAAAGAUCUCCCCGGCUGAAGUGACAAGAGUUGAGUCCAAUGCAAAAUCAAAUAACAUCGGUUUUAGUAAACUGUUAGGAAGCAUCAAGUCACCUUUGCCUAAUGUUCAUCCGUCAAAAUGCGCGCACCCUAUGGAUACCACGCCACCUGUGAUUCCCUGCGCAAACACUAUCCGUGGGUUUCCUUUACUGCCACACUUUGAGGAGACCUCUGCGUUCAAACACGUGGACAACCGCAUGCACUCUGCGCUAUCCCCUUCGCGAUACUCACAGCUACCCAGCGCGUUUCAUUUCGAGAGGUUCCCUCUAUCGCAGUUUGAUGGGGGGAAAUCAUACAACGGAGACUGCAACAUACCCCUCAUGCCAUUCACUGUUUACAACGGAGAGCUCCUGUACAGUUCGCCAUACUACCCACUUAAAUUUCACUUCGGCAACCUGCUUAAAUAUCCCGACACCGUCUCCUACUUCGGCGCACCUGCUCUUAAUCCAGACCUAAAUUCAAUUACGAACAUCGACAGGGAGAUAGCGAUGCACACGCAACAGCUGUCAGACAUUUCCGUGGAGAAAAACCGUUCUAGGCUCGAGUCUAUUCCCACAUCCAACCCGAACUCGGGGAAACCGAAAAAGGGACACUUGUGUCUUUACUGUGGCAAAUUGUACUCUCGAAAAUACGGCCUGAAGAUUCACAUGAGGACUCAUACAGGUUACAAACCACUCAAAUGUAAAGUCUGUUUUAGGCCUUUUGGUGAUCCCAGCAAUCUCAACAAACACAUCCGACUGCACGCGGAGGGAAACACUCCGUACAGGUGCGAGUUCUGCGGUAAAGUGCUAGUGCGCCGGCGAGAUUUGGAGAGGCACGUCAAAUCCAGGCAUCCAGGUCAAUCUAUCAAAAAAUCAGAUGACAAAAUGGAAGAUAUCUUCGAAGAUGCCGAACAAAAAAGCGACAACGACAGCGACGUUGACGUUUGUUUCACAGAUGAUCAGAGCGACCAGGAAUCGAGUAAAAAUAAUGAUUAAUGGACUAAUUAUAUUAGCUAUUGUUCUCAAGUAAAUAAAUUAUGCAUGUAUAUAUUAAUUUUAUCAUUUUCUCCCUUUUGUUAAAAUUUUGUUUAUUUAAAGAAAUUAUUGAAAGAAACAAUUGCAGAAAGACCAAGAAAUGGGUAAACGAAACCCCAAAUUAAAUUUAAUUUUGUAAUGUAUUUACGUUUCGAUAUCGAGUACAUCUCAGCAUCACCAAUGUGGAGCUGCACUUUAUAAAGACGGGUUACUGGCAUAAAAAUAACACGGAUGCCAACUUCGCUUCACUGUUUUUUAAUCUUCUAUUUUAAUGUUGUGUGACCAUUCCCCUAACAUACAACGUUGGAAUUACCUGUCAAAUUCGCACUUUUUAUUGCCAAAAGCAUUUUAGUCAUUCUGUAAAAAUGGU